AUGGCGGCGGCGAUGACGAGCGCGGCGGAGCGGGCGGUGCUGGAGGAAGAAUUUAAAUGGCUUUUACAGGAAGAGGUUCAUGCUGUUUUGAAACAGCUGCAAGACAUUUUGAAGGAGGCCUCUCACCGCUUCGCCCUGCCCACCAGUGGCUCAGGAGGAGCUGUCAAGCAGGAGAACUUUGUGCUGAGCACAUCAGGCACAGACCAGGUGAAAGGUGUGUUGACGCUGCAGGGAGAUGCCCUGUGUCAAGCUGAUGUUAAUCUGAAAAUGCCCAGAAAUAAUCAGCUCCUGCACUUUGCAUUUCGGGAAGACAAGCAGUGGAAGUUGCAGCAGAUCCAGGAUGCUAGAAACCAUGUUAACAAGGCCAUUUACCUGCUUAUGAACAGAGAUGUAAACUACCAGUUCAAAACAGGCUCAGAGGUUCUCAAGCUCAUGGAUGCUGUGAUGUUGCAGCUCUCAAGAGCCCGAAAUCGGCUCACCACUCCAGCCACUCUGACUCUGCCAGAGAUUGCCUCUGGUGGCCUCACUAAAAUGUUCACCCCUGCUCUGCCUCCAGACAUCCUUGUGAAUUUCUAUGUUAACCUGAAUAAGCUGUGCCUGACUGUCUACCAACUCCACGUGCUGCAGCCCAGCACAACCAAGAACUUCAAGCCUGCUGGAGGGUCCAUCUUACACAACCCUGGAGCCAUGUUUGAGUUUGGCAACCAGCGGUAUGAAGUCAGCCAUGUCCAUAAGGUGGAAUGUGUUGUCCCGUGGUUAAAUGAUGCCCUGGUCUUCUUCACAGUUUCACUGCAGCUUUGCCAGCAACUGAAGGAUAAGAUCUCUGUCUUCUCCAGUUACUGGAACUACAGACCAUACUAAUCUUCUGUGGAGCACCCAAGCCUUCACAGUACUUCCAGUGUCUCUCUAUUUUCAACAUGCCAGCGAAGUCAAAUUAGCCUGAGAAGUGCUGAGGUUCACUAUAGCAUGACCCUCCAUGGGGCAGUGUCAGUGACACAACUUGAGUAGCCUUGUCCAGGACUGCUGCU